AUGAACGACUUUGACGAGUGCGGCCCGAGCGCAGCCAGCAUGUACCUGCCCGGCUGCGCCUACUAUGUGGCCCCGUCGGACUUCGCCAGCAAGCCGUCCUUCCUGUCUCAGCCGUCAUCCUGCCAGAUGACUUUCCCCUACUCUUCCAACCUGGCCACACACGUCCAGCCUGUGCGCGAAGUGGCCUUCCGUGAUUACGGCCUGGAGCGCGCCAAGUUCAAAGCGCCUGAGCCCGUGUGCGCUGCGCCGGGGCCUCCGCACGGCCCCUCGGGCGCCGCCUCCAACUUCUACAGCGCGGUGGGCCGCAACGGCAUCCUGCCGCAGGGCUUCGACCAGUUCUACGAGGCGGCGCCGGGACCCCCGUUCGCCGGCCCGCAGCCCCCGCCGCCGCCCGCGCCGCCGCAGCCCGAGGGCGCUGCUGACAAGGGCGACCCUAAGGCGGGGAGCGGCGGCGGCAGGAGCAGCCCCUGCGCCAAGACGACCCCCGGUCCGGAGCCCAAGGGGGCGGCGGAGGGCGGCGACGGUGAGGGCCCCCCGGGGGAGAGCGGGGGCGCAGUGGCCCCCCAGCGGUCCCGGAAAAAGCGCUGUCCCUACACUAAGUACCAGAUCCGCGAACUGGAACGCGAGUUUUUCUUUAACGUGUACAUAAACAAAGAGAAAAGACUUCAACUCUCUCGGAUGCUCAACCUUACUGACCGGCAAGUCAAAAUCUGGUUCCAGAAUCGCAGGAUGAAAGAAAAGAAACUGAACAGAGACCGUCUGCAGUAUUUCACUGGAAACCCCUUAUUUUGA